GAAACUUCAUCCUAAUCAUAGGAGCAAGAAUUUGUCACUGAAUCCAGGUUCUAGGUUGUUUCCUAAUACGAGAUAAAGUUUUAUUUAUUUAUUUUUUGCUAGGCAAUACGAGGUAGUUUCCUAAUUAAGAUUAAUAAAUAUAGCAUAAUACUUGCCUUGUUUCCAGUACCUUUGUUCCCACGCUCACUCUAGAAUUUUUUACCUCUCACACUUCACCUUCUUCUUCUUUAUUCCUUGCUCUUCAAUGGCUUCCGAUCUUGAGCUUAAGGCCAAAGAGGCUUUCGAAGAUGAUAACUAUGAUCUCGCCUACGACCUCUUAACUCAGGCCAUUGGUCUCAGCCCCAACAACGCAGACCUAUAUGCUGACCGUGCGCAAGUCAACAUCAAAGUCAACAACCUCACCGAGGCUGUUUCUGAUGCAAACAAGGCGAUUGAGUUGAAUCCUUCUCACUCAAAAGCAUAUUUGCGAAAAGGUACCGCAUGCAUCAAGCUUGAGGAAUAUCAGACUGCUAAGGCAGCUCUAGAGAUGGGUGCUUCAUUGGCUCCUGGAGAUUCUAAAUUUACUGAUUUGAUCAAAGACUGCGAUGAACUGAUUGCAGAAGAAUCUGGUGUCAUACCCAUACAAGAAGAGAGCACAACACAGGGUGCUGCUACAAAAGCUGUUGAGGCAGAGAAUGAUCUUCCAGAGCCACCUACAGUAACCGUGGUUAAACCUAAAUACAGGCAUGAAUUCUACCAGAAACCUGAUGAAAUGGUUAUUACCAUAUUUGCAAAGGGCAUUCCACGAGACAGCAUUACUGUUGACUUUGGUGAACAAAUAUUAAGUGUUACAAUUAAUAUCCCUUGCAAAGAUGCUUAUGUCUUCCAACCUCGCUUAUUUGGAAAGAUCAUACCCUCCAAAUGCCGGUAUGAAGUUUUGUCCACCAAAAUUGAAAUUUGCCUUGCAAAAGCAGAUCAUAUCCAAUGGACAUCUCUAGAAUUCAACAAGGGUAGCACAGUUGCACAGAGGUUUAGUGUUUUGCCAGUUGCAAGAGGUGAAAAACCUACUUAUCCAUCCUCAAAACCGAAAAUAACAGAUUGGGAUAAGCUUGAAGCUCAAGUUAAGAAAGAGGAGAAAGAAGAAAAACUUGAUGGUGAUGCUGCGUUGAACAAAUUUUUCCGUGAUAUAUAUCAAGAUGCAGAUGAGGACACAAGAAGAGCAAUGAGCAAAUCAUUUGUGGAGUCUAAUGGAACAGUACUGUCUACAAACUGGAAAGAAGUGGGAUCAAUGAAGGUACAGGAAAGUCCUCCUGAUGGCAUGGAGUUAAAGAAAUGGUAAUAUUGAGAUUUUUGUUGGGGUAUAGGAUAAGGAUUAUGCUUUGAAACCUUAUAAAUUGUUUAGAUGAUGAGAAAAUAGGUUAUGCAUUCAUAGUGUAAAACAGUUUCACUUUAUCAUCCAAUCAUAACUCAACCAUUAAACUCUUAGAUUAUUGUUGUGCAAAGGAUAUUUAGUUGCUUUGGUUGUAUUGGUUUUUCUGGUGUAUAUCUUCCCUAAGAUCAGAAGGUUGAUGCUAGAGUUUUUUAGUAUUUUGUGCAUGUAAUGCCGACGCAGCUCUAGUUCUUGUGUUAUAUUGUGUUUUGAGAUUUGAGUCUAAUGGAUCUGGAAUGAGCACUUAUAUUGAUAAUUUAAGAUUCAA